AUGUCUUCCGUGGAGGUCGUACCAGUUGUCGUUGAACAGCAUGCGGUGGACACAUGGGAUUGGCCGCUGCAGCAUAGCACCGUGGUGCAGGUGGUCAACACCGCCAGUUCGUUCGAGGUUUGUUUGGAUGUCCCGUUUUUCACCCUCAAGGAAAUCGAGGUACUGAAUCUGAGGCUAUUUUUAUGUCCUCUGUGGUAGGA